CUGUGUCAAAGGACAGAGGAGUCAGAAGACAGCGACUACGAACACUUGACUGUGGGGAGGGGGGACGGAGGAAACCAAGUCCAUCCGUUGACGAGCACCCCUCAGAGGGACCUGCCUGCAGCUGAACAGGCACUGUUUCAGAUCCCUACGGAGGACACCCCACAGGGGGCGGAGCCAGCUGUCCCUGACCCUGACCUGCACAGGGUGUUAGAGCUGUCCAGGCUGUCUGCACAGCUCGCUCCCAACGAGUCUGCUGCAGGAGACCCAGGUGAGGAUGAACUGAUCCGUGCCAUAGAGCUCUCCCUCCAGCUUUCCACAACAAGCUCAUCCACCGCCCGACCCCUCCAACCACAGGCCCCGCUACCAGUCCCGCCUGAACCUGUCCCAGCAGCAAAUACAAACAUGUCCAACCACAGCAACAACAACAACCUCCCCCCCUCCGCAGUCCCUCCACUUCAGCAAACUGUGCCGGAGAAACCCAACAUUCCAGAAGAAGUAGUAGAGGUAGUGCCGAGCGAUUCCGCACGUGUGGAGGACGUACCAGAGGGAGGGUGGGUGAGUGUGGCAUUGUCCGGGGACGCCCUGGGGGCCACCGGAGUGGAGAAAAAGCCUCGUAAAAGCUCUGAUUCGCCCAGAAGGAAAAGUAGGAAAGGUGAACCAAAGGCAGAUCCGGUAAAUCCUGCCGAAGUUGAGCUGCAGAAGCCGCCAGUAGCGUCCACAAGUGGGACGAAAGUGGAGGAAGCAGAAUGGCUGGAGGUUGGGGAGAAGACUGAGUUUCUUGAGGCCACCCUGCGAGCGUGGCUCACAGAUGAGGGCUGGUUAGGUAGAAACACCCCCGCCAAUCCUUCUGCUGGUCAGAACACCACCACAACACCACCCAAGGACGCUUCAGCAAAAGUAGAUGGCAUGUCACCCAAAGCAGAAGCAAACGUUGCCGCCAACGCCGCCGAGGAAGGGCUGGAAUUUCUGUGCUCUGUGCCUGACAACGGAAAUGCAAACACAGCGACGGGUGCGGGGGAGGAGCUUAGCGACUUCCCCACCCCCCCUGCUGAAGUCAAGUCCCUUAUUUGGGAGCCCCCCAACGACGAGCCGGAAACCGAGCCUGGCAGUCUCCUGGCCAUGGACUCACACACGUUGUACAACCUUUCCGAAAUCGAUUCCAUUGUCAUUAACACUGUACAAAGGGCUCAAGCAGAUUCAGGGGAACCAACAGGAGAAGAAACAACAGAGCUCAUUGGUGCAGUAGGGUUAGGAGAAAGUAGUUUUACAUCAGUACAGAAAAACAGCAACCCUGUGAGCACAAAGGAAGCUCCAAAGGAACUCGAGCUUAAGUUUGAAGAUGACCCAACUAGCCCGAAAGACUAUCUGGAAACCAACCUGGACUCGCCGUUUGAGAUGACCGGUGACCUCCAGGCGUUGUGCGCGAAGCUGCCUUUAAGUCGGGAAUUUCCCAGGAUACCUGCUGCAGACGAGAUCUGGAUUCCGCAAGAACGCGUCCCCGAACCUUUCGCGUUCGACACAGCGUUAACCCCGCUAACAGUGCCAUCACCAAAUGCUAAGAACACUGGGGUAGCGAACGUGAACGUAGAAUCAGAGGGGAAUCAAGGACUAGUACAAAGUGACAAUAAGGAUAUAGCAGUGCCCAAUAUGUUUGCACAUGUACCUGUACAGGGCCCCACUACGUCACUAUCUGCGGCUAUCACAGAUGCACACCAGGCGCUCUUCGGAAACGCCGUGGCGUUUCCAGUGGGUCAGGACACUGCUCAAAGUCAUCCCGUCCUUCCAGCCUCGCAUCUUUCUGUUACGCCGCACACACACGUUACAAACACAAGGCAUCCGGCGACCGGUUACCACCAGUUGGACGGAAAAGCGGCAACGUUUGUUCAGAAUGUUCCAGAGCCGCCUCCACGCCUUACCAGAGAACGAAGGCUGGCCCUGGAGGCUGCCAGCAAGGCGCAGAGCAUCUGGGAGAGAAGGGAAAAAGACGCGGCUGCCCUGUCUGACACGGGCGACCAGAGGAGAGGCCAUCGAAGGAAAUCGAAGAACAGAAAGAGAAGCAAAGAGGAGAGGAGAAGAGCAUCAGUGGAGGGGGCAAGAGGGGUUGGGGAGGGGUGGUACGAUCCGUUAGAUGAUGAUGAUAUACCUGCCACUUUGGUGUAGGUUGCAAAGGUUUUUCCUGUGAUUUUGUGUACUUUUGUGUGUCAAAAACAAGAGUCCCCGUGGAUACUAACACUACUACAUAUAAGUGUUGUUGCCAUAAUAUAUACUAUCCAAUACUCCAGCUAUAGAGUCAUCCCAAACUGUUCUUGAUAACUGUGUAAGAAGCAAAGAAUAGAUUAAACCUCCAAGCCACUACUUGUGACUAAGACCUGCACUAUAAAUGUCUGAGACAUGUACUUGCCAAACUAACAACGGGUGUAGCAGGACAAAAUGUACCCGCGGUGAGAAUAUACCGGGUAUGUUUUGGCCUGCUACACUGGAACACAUGUAAAAGUAGAAUACACACACAGCAGUCUUGUAUACUUAUGACUGACCAUGUCUCAUGGCAUUCUGUCUCCACCAAGGUACUUUUCUUGUGCCUUGUGGUCAGUUUUUCAGCCUAUGAUGUCAACUCGGUGGACUGCUAGCCAUUUGGAGGCUGGAACCUUCAACAAUUUGGACUGUAAAUAUCACAUCUUCAAAAAUUCAGUCAUCUUAUACUUACAAGGUAUUGCUUUAGGUGCUGUAUUUUUCAUACUCAUAUUUCACCCAAUCAGGAUUAGAAAGACAAGAAGUCUUUGUAAGAAGUGAUGUGAUUGGUCCAUUUUGGUUUGUCACAAACCCUGAGAUUACCCAGGGUUCAUCAGAGUGAUUUUUUUGUAUUCAGUGAUUUUUAGUCAGCAAAACAAAAGGUCUGUUUAGGAGUUGUUUUGGAAAUACUUUGUUUUUGAUCAUAUUCUGUGGCGACUUGUCAUGGUAGGACGAUUUAUUAACAUAAACAGCAGAACAAUGCAUGAAACAGGAUCUGCAUGAAAGAAAGAUACUGAUUGGUUAAACAGCAGAAUAAGGCAUCUGCAUGAAAGGUACCGAUUGGUUAAACAACAGAAGAAGGGAUCAGCAUGAAAGAAAGAUACUGAUUGGUUAAACAGCAGAACAGAGGAUCUGCAUGAAAGAAAGAUACUGAUUGGUUAAACAGCAGAACAAGUGAUCAGCAUGAAAGAAAGAUACUGAUUGGUUAAGCAGCAGAACAAGGGAUCUGCAUGAAA